GUUCUACCUAUACCUUCGUCGGCUUGCCUUUCUUCGUCUCAAAAUCGUGUUAAUUCCGAGUCUUAACUCGAUAGUGUCGGAAGUGAGAUCGGUUUCCGCGUUCUUUAGGUCUUUCGUUUAUUUUUCUGUGUGAUUAAAAUGGCCGGAAAGACUUAUUGGCAUCGAUGCAGAUAUGGAUUCAAAUCAAUGCAAACAGCGGCUAUUUCUAGGUACAUCGAAUCAACUUCUGAUCAGAUGAAAUGGGCAGAUCCGACCCUGGACCGCACAAGUACAAAGAAUCUAAUAAAAUUGACAAUAAAUUUAAUAACAAAACUCCAAACAGAGAUAAAUACUGGACUGAACUGUUACUGAAAGCAAAAAAUAACGAAAUUGUUGCAUCAGGCUAUAAUACGAGCACAGGUGUCAAAUUUUUGCAAAGAUAUCCUUCAGAAAACUGCCACAAGUUUGUCAGAAGUAAAAGUGAGCACGAUUGUUCUAUUGCUGAUUACGAGUAUUACUUAAGGCAUAAUUUGUACAUUAAAAGUGCUGUUGAAAAAGAAAACUUUUCAGGUCAAAAAAGUGUCAUUCAGAAACUAUACACCUAAAAGUCUGUCUCAAGAAGUCAACUUGGGAAUGUGGAUUUAGGUGUCUUCAGAUGUAGUUUCUUUAAAAAACAUUUAAAUGAGAAACAAGAAGAAAAAGAAAAUAAUAUAGUGCCAAGUGUAAAUAUAUAAAAAGUUUUAUAGUGUCUACAAAUGAAAUAUUCUAGUCAUGUCACUAUUAGCUGUAGCAGGACAAGUGGCGCAUUACGCGGUGGGUCUUUCCUUCAACCCCUUAGCAAUUUUGGGGUUGGUUCCAGUUUUUGCCGCUGGGUUAAUGUUUAUGCGAUAUGUGUCUGUGGAUCCAGAGACACAUCCUAUUAAUAUAAAUAAGGUUAGACCUGAGUAUGAUUUCAUAGUGAUAGGAGGAGGUUCCGCAGGGGCAGUUGUCGCCUCACGUCUAUCAGAAGUAGAGAACUGGACGGUGCUGCUUCUGGAAGCAGGAGGUGAUGAAAACGAGGUGUCAGAUAUACCUACUCUUAGUGGUUAUAUGCAAAUGUCACAAUUUGACUGGAUGUACCAAACUACUCCACCAACAGAAUCUGCCUACUGUUUAGCAAUGAUAGGCGAUAGAUGCAAUUGGCCCAGAGGAAAGGUCCUAGGUGGGUCAAGUGUUCUAAACGCAAUGAUUUACGUCAGAGGUAACCGACAUGACUAUGAUCAAUGGGCAGCCCAAGGUAACCCCGGAUGGUCAUACGACGAAGUAUUACCUUACUUUAUGAAAUCUGAGGAUAACCGAAAUCCUUACCUAGCCAAAACUGCAUACCACUCCACUGGAGGAUACCUUACUGUUCAAGAAUCCCCUUGGAGGACACCACUAAGUAUAGCUUUCCUUCAAGCCGGAAAAGAAAUGGGAUACCAAAUAAGAGAUUGUAAUGGGGAAAUGCAGACUGGAUUUAUGUUAUCACAAGGUACAAUUCGUCGAGGUUCCAGAUGCUCAACUGCAAAAGCUUUUUUGAGACCUGUAAGAAACAGACCAAAUCUUCACAUAGCAAUGUAUUCACAAGUGACCAAGGUGAUGAUUGAUAAGAAAACAAAAAUGGCAUACGGAGUGAAGUUUAUGAGAUAUGGGAGACCUCACUUUGUUAAAGCUACAAAAGAGGUGGUGCUAAGUGCAGGAGCCAUUGGUAGUCCGCACAUUCUUAUGCUUAGCGGAGUAGGCCCUAAAGAGGAUUUGGACCAAUUUAAAAUUCCAGUUAUUAGCAACUUAAAAGUGGGGCACAACCUUCAGGACCAUAUUGGGUUAGGUGGUCUAACAUUUGUGGUAGAUGAACCAGUCACUUUUACGAAAACUAGAUAUCAGACUAUGCAAGUUGCAUUGGAAUAUAUCCUACGAGAGCGUGGUCCUAUGACAUCUCUUGGAGGUGUAGAAGGUCUAGCCUUUGUUAAUACUAAAUAUGCACCAGAGUCAGGGACGUGGCCUGAUAUUCAGUUUCAUUUUGCUCCAAGCAGUAUCAACAGUGAUCCAGAUCAAGUUCGGAAGAUAACAGGAUUAAGAGACAGUAUAUACAAUACAGUUUACAAACCGUUAAAAAACUCAGAAACUUGGACCAUUUUACCGCUUCUCCUGCGCCCAAGAAGCAGCGGUUGGAUCAAACUUCGAUCCAAAGAUCCCAAUGUAUAUCCCGAUAUUAUUCCAAAUUAUUUCACGCACAAGGAAGACAUCCUUACACUUACCGAGGGUAUUCGUAUAGCCCUAAACGUAUCCGCCUCAAAAGCUUUCCAAAGGUUUGGAUCUAGACCUCACAAAAUCCCUUUUCCUGCAUGUAGAGAGUACGAGUUUGACACAGACGAAUAUUGGGAAUGCAGUUUAAGACAUUUUACUUUUACGAUUUACCAUCCUACGUCUACAUGUAAAAUGGGCCCACCAUCUGAUCCAGAUUCUGUGGUAGAUCCCAGGUUAAGGGUUUAUGGGGUGGGCAAGCUAAGGGUGGUGGAUGCUUCAAUAAUGCCAAAUAUUGUAAGUGGUAAUACGAACGCUCCUACAAUUAUGAUUGGGGAGAAGGCUAGUGAUAUGAUUAAGGAAGAUUGGGGAUUCAGGGUUAUGAGAUAAUAAAGUUUUAGGUGAAUAUAUUGAGUCAUAGUCAUUAGAUAAUAGAACAUUAUUAUAUUGAUUUUGUUAAACAAUAUUAUAUAUUUUUAUUAUAUUAAAAUAAAUAUUUAUUAGGGAUUUAACAAAAAAUAUUUAUCAUAAAAUAUACUUAUUGUAUGUUAAUUAUUAAUCGUUUAUAUUUUUACAGCUGUAAAUAAAGUCUUUUUUAUUUAAGUAAGUGUAAGAAAAAAUUAUAUAUUUUUCUUAUACUUGAAAAUGCCAUAAUUUCAUUAGUAUGCU